CGACCAUGGGGUGCAUUAAAAGCAAAGAAGAUAAAGGUCCAGCCAUGAAAUACAGAACUGAUAAUACUCCAGAACCUGUUAUUUCCCAUGUCAGCCAUUAUGGAUCAGACUCCAGCCAAGCAACACAGUCACCGUCAAUAAAGGGAUCAGCAGUUAAUUUUAAUAGUCAUUCCAUGACUCCUUUUGGAGGGCCCUCAGGAAUGACACCCUUCGGAGGAGCAUCAUCUUCAUUUUCAGCUGUGCCAAGUCCAUAUCCUAGUACUUUAACAGGUGGUGUUACUGUAUUUGUGGCCUUAUAUGAUUAUGAAGCUAGAACUACAGAUGACCUUUCAUUUAAGAAAGGUGAACGGUUCCAGAUAAUAAAUAACACGGAAGGAGACUGGUGGGAAGCAAGAUCCAUUGCUACCGGAAAAACAGGCUACAUCCCAAGCAAUUAUGUAGCUCCUGCAGACUCUAUUCAAGCAGAAGAGUGGUAUUUUGGUAAAAUGGGCAGGAAGGAUGCAGAAAGGCUACUUUUAAAUCCUGGGAACCAGCGUGGUAUUUUCUUAGUAAGAGAGAGCGAAACCACUAAAGGUGCUUACUCCCUUUCCAUACGUGACUGGGAUGAGGUCAGAGGUGAUAAUGUGAAACACUACAAAAUCAGAAAACUUGACAAUGGUGGAUACUAUAUCACAACUAGAGCACAAUUUGAAUCUCUGCAGAAGUUGGUGAAACACUACAGAGAACAUGCUGAUGGGCUGUGUCAUAAGCUAACAACCGUGUGUCCCACUGUGAAACCACAAACACAGGGACUAGCAAAAGAUGCCUGGGAAAUUCCUAGAGAAUCCUUGAGGCUGGAAGUUAAGUUGGGCCAAGGAUGUUUUGGUGAAGUAUGGAUGGGAACAUGGAAUGGAACCACAAAAGUAGCGAUCAAGACACUAAAACCUGGUACAAUGAUGCCAGAAGCUUUCCUGCAGGAGGCUCAGAUCAUGAAGAAAUUACGACAUGACAAACUUGUUCCGCUCUAUGCCGUCGUUUCUGAGGAACCAAUCUACAUUGUCACUGAAUUCAUGACAAAAGGCAGCUUGCUAGACUUCCUUAAAGAAGGAGAAGGGAAAUACUUAAAACUCCCACAGCUUGUGGACAUGGCUGCUCAGAUUGCUGAUGGCAUGGCUUACAUUGAAAGAAUGAACUACAUCCACAGGGAUCUCCGGGCAGCUAACAUUCUUGUAGGAGACAAUCUUGUGUGUAAAAUAGCAGACUUUGGUUUAGCAAGGUUAAUAGAGGACAAUGAGUACACUGCAAGACAAGGAGCUAAAUUUCCAAUUAAAUGGACUGCUCCAGAAGCAGCAUUAUAUGGUCGGUUUACAAUCAAGUCAGAUGUGUGGUCAUUUGGAAUUUUACUGACAGAGCUGGUAACAAAGGGGAGAGUGCCAUAUCCAGGGAUGGUGAAUCGGGAAGUUCUGGAACAAGUGGAACGUGGAUAUAGGAUGCCUUGCCCACAAGGCUGCCCAGAGUCUCUCCAUGAGUUAAUGAAACUCUGUUGGAAGAAGGACCCUGAUGAGAGACCAACAUUUGAAUAUAUACAGUCUUUCUUGGAGGACUACUUUACUGCUACAGAACCACAAUACCAGCCUGGAGACAAUUUAUAAGCCAAUAGUCUAUAUAACAUGCACAAAUCUGCCAAAUGUAAAAGACUUGCAAAGAAUUCCUGAUGUCUAUAAGGAAUCAAAGGAAAGAAAAUCUUC